AGAAAACUUGGACGAGUCGAGCUGUGAUUUUGGCUGCAGGCCAGAGUACAAUAAACUCGGUACCGGGGUAGGGAGAAGAACCAUACUGCUACUUCACCAUGUUUAGAGUUACUUCAAGAAAAUUCGGGAUUACUUCUUUUCACGGUGCUUCACUGUUGAUUAUAACGGCUUUUCUGUUGACGUUAGUAAAGUGGACUGUAGCAUUUAACAUAGAUUUAGCAACAGUAUUGAUACAUCAUGCAUCAUCAAAUACCCACUUUGGUUUCUCCGUCAGCUUACAUAGAACCCAGGGUAAAAGUUGGCUACUGAUUGGUUCCCCCACAGCCAAGACAACUCAGCCUACUGUGACAAAAGGGGGAGCUGUGUACAAAUGUGGUGUUGACAAGAGUAACAACUGUCACCAGAUUACCUUUGAUAUCUCAGGUUCUGGAGAAAUCAUCACUGAGAAUAAACGGGAACAUACAGAAAACAAAUCGCAUCAGUGGUUUGGUGCGACAGUCUACAGUGCUGGGGAAAAUGGACCUGUUGUGGCAUGCGCACCUCGUUAUGUAUACUUCUCAAACAGCCUCAGAAGACGCGAUCCUGUUGGCACAUGUUGGACAGCACGUAGCUCGCUGUCUGGAUUCAAAGAAUAUUCUCCUUGCCGGACAUCUGCCUGGGGCUACCAUCGACAGGGGUCGUGCCAGGCGGGACUCUCUGCAGUCAUUUCUAAGAAUGGUAGGUGGCUUUACAUAGGAGCAGUAGGCAGCUGGUACUGGCAGGGUCAAGUGUUCUCCCAAGACCUUUUAGCCAAACAAUACUUAUACUCCACAUCGGAGGCACCCCAGUCUGAAGACGACAGUUACUUAGGUUAUUCUGCCGCUGUUGGAGAGUUUACUGGAGAUGGUGAGCUAGACUUAGCAGUAGGCAUGCCACGUGGUCAUGAGUUAAACGGCAAGGUGUUACUUUUUACCACAAUUCUGAAGAGCAUACAAAACCUUACAGGAGAACAGCUCGGUGCUUACUUCGGCUACGCUCUUUGUGUGGCUGACGUCAAUGGUGAUCGACUGGAUGAUGUUAUCGUGGGAGCACCACUACAUUCUGACUUCACUGCCAAAAGUAGAAGUUAUGAAGAAGGACGUGUGUAUAUAUUCUUCCAAACUGCAGAGCACCAGAUGAGAAACAGGAGUUACUUGGAUGGAGUGUACGCUAAAGGUCGAUUUGGCAUGGCCUUAUCUUCACUAGGUGAUAUAGACAGAGAUGGAUAUCAAGAUUUUGCUGUUGGAGCACCUUAUGCUGGAGAGAAGGAACGUGGAAUAGUAUAUAUUUUUCAUGGAAGCCGAAAUGGCAUGAAGUCCACUAAACCCUCGCAGAUUAUAAGAGCUGAAGACAUUGGUGAUCCUGGAUUAUCAACGUUUGGGUUUUCUCUUUCAGGCGGCAUGGACAUGGAUGAAAACCACUAUCCUGAUCUUCUUGUUGGGGCCUACGAAUCCAAUCGAGCUAUCUUUUUCAGAUCUAGGCCCGUAGUGAAUCUCUUUGUCAAUUUAAUGAUUGACCCCAAUUCUAUCAACCUGGAUGAACAAAUUUGUAGCCUCUCUGAUGGAACAGGAGUGUCCUGCGUGGUUGUUUCUGUUUGUCUUCGGUAUAAUGGAACAGGUGUGCCCUCUGAACUACAUGUUUUAUUUAAAACUCGAUUGGACAUUGGUUUGGAGCAAAGUCCACGUGUGUUUUUUCUGGACAGAGAAAAAAUAAACCACAGUUAUUAUCAAGUCUCUCUCAGGAAAGGCUCUGUAUUCUGUAAAAGUGUUUAUGCUUAUAUUCAGGAACAAGUGCGAGACAAGCUGACACCCAUUAUAAUAGAAGUCGCCACUGAGUUGAGAGACUUGGAACCUUCCAGAAAAAUCCUGAAGCCAAUCCUUAAUGAGACCCUACCACGAAUAUUAAUGAAACAAGUUAACAUUCAGAAGAACUGUGGAAAAGACAAUAUGUGUAUUCCUGACCUGACUGUGGAAGUGAAAGCGAAUAUGGACGAAUAUUUGAUUGGAAGCAGAAAGAAGCUCGAACUCACUGUUAACAUUACCAAUCAUGGAGAAGAUGCAUUUGAAGCUAUGUUAUAUCUAGAAACUCCCCAAGACUUUAAUUAUGUUAAUAUCAACAAGACCAGCGCUAGUAUGACUAUCAGCUGUUUUCCAUACUUGCAUACUCCUGAAGUCAAUAACAUCGUCUGUGAUAUCGGCAACCCCUUCCCUGCUGGACAUGAGCUCAUAUUUUCUGUGAUUCUAAAACCAGCUAAAAUGGCCUCUAGAAUUCCGCAUUUCCAUUUUAAAAUGAAAGUAAAUAGGUAAGUUCAAAUUUGAAAAAAUUUUAUUAUGUUACAAGU